AUGGCUGCCAACGCCGACAUCACGACGCUGCAAACCGAAGGCAGAAACCCCAAUAGCGUCAGCAUCGACAAAGCCUCAACCCAGGACUUGUGCCGGAUCAUCAACAAUGAAGACGCGACCAUCCCAGGCGCGGUGCAGACCUGCAUACCCACAAUCGCUGCAGCAAUCGACGCUCUGACACCUCGAGUGCGAGCAGGUGGCAGAGUUCUCUACGUCGGAGCAGGUACGAGUGGCCGCCUAGGAGUCCUAGAUGCUUCAGAGAUCCCGCCGACGUUCUCUGCUCUUCCGUCGCAAUUCGUGGCCCUUAUAGCUGGCGGAGACGUUGCAUUGCGGUCCGCCCAAGAGGGGGCCGAGGACUCGGUCGAAGGGGCUGUCAAGGAUCUGGAAGCACUCGAGAUCAACGGAGAGCUUGACUCGUUGAUCGGCAUCGCUGCGUCAGGCCGGACGCCAUAUGUGCUCAGUAGUCUUGCGUUUGCGAAGGCGAAAGGAUGCGUUACCGUGGGCAUUGCAUGUUCUGCGCCUUCCCCAAUGAGCGAGUGCGGCCAUGUCGAUUUCAUGGUCGAUGCUGUGACGGGGCCAGAGGUGGUGGCUGGGAGUACUCGGAUGAAGGCUGGUACGGCGACGAAACUUAUCUUGAACAUGAUCAGCACGGGUGUGAUGAUUCGGACGGGCAAGACGUUUGGUAAUAUUAUGAUUGAUGUGAAAUCGACCAAUGUCAAACUUCAGAUGCGAGCACGGCGUAUCUUGCGGCAUAUUUGUGGUGAUCGUUGCCUAGCUUUUGACGGCGAGAUCGACCAGAUUCUUGAAGAGGCUGAUAGAAGUGUCAAGCUGGCGGCUGCCAAGUUGAUGCUGGAUGUCAGCAUCAACGAAGCUAGACAGCGGCUUGAAAAUGCAAAUGGAGUCCUUGCAGACUUGCUCAUCGAUGCUGAGAGCGGCCUCAAUAAUGCUGUCACGCCGGAAGAGCGUGAGCCGUACGUCCUGUGCGUUGACGGAGGAGGCAGCAAAGGUCGUGCGGUAGUGGCCAAUAGACACGGGCAACUCGGGCGUGGAGAAGCAGGACCAUGCAACCCGAACGACCUGGGUAUCGAAGGGGCUGUCGCUGCAAUAGCUCUCGCCAUUGAAAAUGCGAUAAGCUCACAUCCGGAGGCAAAAGGUAGCCGUGUAUCAGAUGUGCACUUCGUAGAGUCAGCAAUCUGCAUAGCGGGCAUUGACCGAGAGCCGCUGCAAAGCCGUAUGCGGAUGGAGAUGGUAAGACUUCUGGGAGAAACUUCAGGAGCAAACAUGUACACGAUGAACGACCUUGAGCUACUUGCUUCAAUUGCUGGUCGAGAACAUGCUGCCACAGAAGUCGUUGUCCUCGUUGCCGGAACUGGUUCAGUAGCGAUGCGUUAUCGCCUCGCGGACGGACGGUGCGUCAGAAUUGCAAGGGCGGGCGGCUGGGGAGCGCUGCUUGGGGACGAGGGUUCUGGCUUCGAUGUCGGUCGUAAGGCUAUCCGGCUGGCUCUUCAAGAGCAAGAUGUCGUCGAGAGUACCCACGGGCCCAAGAACGGUGCUGUCAAAGACCCGUUACACGAGCUGCUGACGAGCCACUUCCGAUCGAAAGGCGCUUCCCAAGACCAGCAUAAUCUGCUAGAUAGAGUAUUGGUGGAACCAUCGGGCUCGGCAGCUUCUCCAUCGGACACCAAACGAAGAGUCGCCGCUUGUGCGCAGCUCGUACUGGAUUCUAUCGACAGCAGCCCGCAAGCUCGAAUGAUCGUAGACUCAGCUGCUGCGGACCUGGGAAAUCUGGCGAGGGCAAGCUGUUCCAGGUCUGACGGCGCCAAAGAAGAUAGGGUGCUCGUGCUUGCUGGAGGGUUGAUGCAUUCGACUCAUUUUCGGAAAGAACUCGUAUCCAGGCUGGUUGCCGACGGAAUAGCUUCGCCAGGACGUAUAGCUGUCAUGACUGACCUUGCGACAAGCGGCGCCUUGCACAUGGUACAGGAAAGAUGGAGAUGA